CUGUAGUAAAUGAGGGAGGCGGUGACGCGCCUGGUCAAGCUUUAUGAGAAGCGGUUAGAUGACAAGAGCAGAGAGUCAGGGGAAAAGAGGCGGACAACUAAAACUGUUUGCGUUCCACAUGUCGGCAAACUAACUCCACUGUCACCUCAACAGAGUCAAAGCGCUGCGUCGGCGAGGACCGAAGACUCCCAAGCAAAGACCGAGGGGCGACCCACCAACGCCGCUGAGGAGCGACGCUAUCAUGGGCUCCGCUUCGUCGUCCUACAGGGUCAUAUACCUGGACGUGGACGGCAGGAUCCAGAAGGUGGUAUUCAGUAGAUUCUGCAGCCCAUGUGACAUCAAGGAGUUGUUUUGUACAGCCCUGGGUGUGCCAAGGAACACAAACCUGUCUCUGCUGGAUUCUUCUGGAGCCAUGGUGUCUAUUGACCCCACCAUGCCACACAACACAGAAAGGUCACCGUACCGAGUAGUGCCUAUGACUGGAGGACAGCUUGCUGACAAAGAAGAACUGUUCCAGAAUGUACUAACGCAAGUUGCUGAGCAAUUUUCAAGGGCUUUCAAAAUCAAUGAGCUGAAGACUGAAGUCACUAACCGUCUUGCGAUGCUGGAAAAGCGGGUAGAGUUGGAAGGAAUGAAGGUGGUGGAGAUAGAGAAAUGUCGCAAUGACAUCAAGAAGCUCCGUGAGGAGAUGGCAUCCAGAAGCAACAGUAACUUCUUGGAAGACAUUAAGAAGCUAACUCCUCGCCGGGAUGUACCUUCUUAUCCCAAGUACAUGCUGUCACAACAGACCAUAGAUGCCCUCAAAAAACCCGCCUUUGACGUCUGGCUCUGGGAGGCCAAUGAGAUGCUGAGCUGUCUGGAACAUAUGUACCAUGACCUGGGUUUGGUCAAAGACUUCAACAUAAACCCCAUUACACUGAAGAGAUGGCUGCUUUGUAUUCAUGACAACUACAGGAAUAACCCCUUCCACAACUUUCGUCAUUGCUUCUGUGUCACCCAGAUGAUGUACAGUAUGAUCUGCCUCUGCAGCCUACAGGAGAAAUUCACUCAGGUGGACAUUUUGAUCCUCAUGACGGCUGCUGUGUGUCAUGAUCUGGACCACCCUGGUUAUAACAACACCUACCAAAUCAAUGCCAGAACCGAGUUAGCCGUUCGCUAUAAUGACAUCUCUCCUUUGGAGAAUCACCACUGCGCUGUGGCUUUCCAGAUCUUCUCUCAACCUGACAGCAACAUUUUCUCAAACUUUGAUCCGGAAGCCUUCAAGCAGAUUCGACAGGGAACCAUUACAUUGAUCCUGGCCACAGAUAUGGCACGGCACGGUGAGAUCCUGGAGUCCUUCAAGCAAAAAGUGGACAGCUUUGACUACACAGAUGAGGAGCACGUCACUUGCCUGAAGAUGGUGCUAAUAAAGUGCUGUGACAUUUCCAAUGAAGUGCGGCCCAUGGAGGUGGCUGAGCCCUGGGUUGACUGUCUGCUGGAGGAGUACUUCAUGCAGAGCGACAGAGAGAAGACUGAAGGGCUUCCCGUGGCUCCGUUUAUGGAUAGAGAAAAGGUUACCAAACCAACAGCUCAGAUUGGCUUCAUCAAGUUCGUCCUCAUUCCCAUGUUUGAGACCGUGAUGAAGCUGUUCCCCCAGAUAGAAGAGGCAAUGGUUCAACCCCUCCGAGAGUCGAGAGAUCGAUACGAAGAGCUCAAACAGAUCGACGAUGCCAUGAAUGAGGUGCAGAAAAAGAAAAAUGAAAACCUGACGAUGGGAGGAAAGAAGAAAUGAAAGUUGUGGAAUGGCCUUCCAAAGCCUUCCGUCAGUGUCUUCUACGCACUUGAGCCUGAGGAAGAACCAGCAAUACUGCUUCACAUCUUGGACAAUCAUCGAUAUUUAGUCUUGAGUGAUGAAAUAAUUCCGACAUGUUACCAAUUACUGAUGAACUCAGUGGACACCUUUUCUUUUUUUUUUUAGGGAAACAUUCAUUUGUACAGGUGAACAAACUUUAUUUAGAUACAUAUCUUACAUUGUUUUUUGUAAUAUUUGAAGUGUUUUAUACAGAUUGUACAGAAUUUUAGUCAACUUUGUUCUU